UCCGGUGUCUGUGUGUUACGAUAAUAACAUCUGGAGAAACGUACAUAUUUUUUUAUUAGCCCGAGGAGGCCUGAGGCGAUUUUACGACACUAAAUAAAAUCUCUUUCUCUCUCUUUUGAACACGUAUUCAUCAGAAGUUACAAGGUUUUAUUGACCUGCUGGUAGCCAAAAUGGGGCGCAUCUUCUUGGAUCACAUUGGUGGAAGCCGCCUCUUUACUUGUGCUAACUGUGACACCAUCCUGACCAACCGGACUGAACUCAUCUCCACACGCUUCACAGGAGCAACCGGUAGAGCUUUCCUGUUCAACAAGGUUGUAAAUCUGCAGCACAGCGAGGUACAAGACAGAGUCAUGCUGACAGGGAGACACAUGGUGCGAGACGUCAGCUGCAAGAACUGCAACAGCAAGCUGGGCUGGAUGUACGAGUUUGCCACUGAGGACAGUCAGCGCUAUAAGGAAGGUCGAAUCAUCCUGGAGAGAGCGCUGGUGAGGGAGAGCGAAGGCUUCGCGCAUGCUCCCUCUGAUAGUUCCUGAGUUCACUAUUGUUUAUGUCACUAUGCUUAAGUCAUGCGUUCAACAGUGUUGCCUUCAGCAGCAGUGCACAUGCUUGCAUGGAAAGUGUUCCUUUUGUAAGUAGAAUAUAAGCAGAGCUACCCCACCAUAAUAUCUCUGUUUGGGUAUUUGUAGGGAGUUCAAACAAAAGGGUGAAUAGUGUUGCUUUUCUACCCAUUUGAAACCACCUACAGUUUCAGUAGGCGCCCGACAGGCAGUGGUAUUGUAUAGGUGCAGUAGGAUGUCGACUGCUGCUCUCAGAUGAGAAGAUUUUCUCAUGCAGCGCUCACUGAACUUCAAACAGAGACAGUAUUAACUUCUAAACAGAAAACUGGGACAACUGAGACCAUUGAUGCUGUUUGAUUUAGUUCAGUUAUACCUAUUUGCGUAAAGUAUGAGUAACUGACCAUUAUGCUACAAAGCAGCUCUUUUCUGAAAAGAUUUCAGUCAGAUGCAUUACUGAACAAUCUGUUGAAAAAACCUAUCAGUGUUAGGUGUAAUAAAAGAAAGAAUACAAAAGACAGAGUUUAGAAAUUUAUAUAUAUAUAUAUAUAUAUAUAUAUAUAUAUAUAUAUAUAUAUAAAUCAAUUUACCAUUGAUAUUCUGUGAACUAAGCCAUGUGUUUUUGACUAUAAAGAAUUCAUACAUUUUAUUUUAACCUAUUAGUAAAUAAGGAAAACAUUUAUCAGAAUAUGUUUAUGAUAGAGCUCCUGAAUUUAGCUGAUUUCAUUAAUAUGUAACUCAGUGCACUAAUUGCUGCACACAUCCUUUUCAUUAAAGAUGAGUUAUUGUCUUUUUUAUGUUCUUUUCUUUUUUUUAAUAAAACAACAAUAACUUUAGAUUUGUUGGGUGAGAAAAAAAUUGAAUUAAUCUAUUUUUUGCUCUUUUGUGUGUGUGUGUGUGUGCGCGCGCGCGCGCAACUUGUUUGGCAAAAUUUGUGUAUUGAAAAUGUGUGUAGUAGUAGUAUUAAUCUGAGAAACACUCUAAACAGGAUAAUAAAAAAUGGGAAAGUA